GUGAGGUGCACCGGCAUUUGGCGGCACGCAAGAAAAAACCAACCGAGCCAGUAAGAGACUACAUCUACGAGAUGCAACGUAUUGCGCUUGCUAUCGAUCUCGACGAGCCGAGCCUGUGCGAAUAUAUCGUUGACGGCGUGACCGACGACGAGUAUCACCGUUCUAUGCUGUACGAUGCAAACACCAUCAAAAAGUUGAAGGAUAAGCUACUCACAUACGAAAAAACGAAGUCAAAAUGUAAUACGAAAUGCCAGGUAGACGAACGUACGAAAAGAGAUCGUCCUACGAAAGUUGAGGAGAAAAAGCCGAAACUGAAAACCGAUGCGCGACGUUAUUGUUUUAAUUGCGGUAAACCCACACACGUUGCCAGCGAAUGUCCACAGAAAGGAGAAGACCCGAAGUGUUUUUCUUGUAAUGGUUACGGGCAUCUAUCGAAAGAGUGUGAUAAAAAGAAUGAAGAGCGCAGUGUGAAGAAGAAAAAUGCAAAAGUGAACACGAUUGAAAAAGUUACAAAUCAGCAACCUAGUAUCAAUGUGAAGAUAAACGACUGCGAGCUACGUGCUAUUGUCGAUACGGGAAGUGAAAUCUCAUUGCUACGUAAGGACCUGUGGCUUCAUAUUGAGAACAAUGGAGCAAAAUUAGAAUUAUCUGAUAUGAAAGUUCGUGGAUUCGGCGGACAGGUGAAAACCGUGUGCGGCUAAGCGGUUUUGAAGGUAAAAAUUUCAGAAGAAAAAUAUACCAUUCGAUUUUAUGUGGUACCCUGCAACGCGAUUGACAUGCAGUUAGUGAUUGGGAUGGAUUUUCUCGACGGCGUAAACUACUCGAUUACCCCUGCUGGCGUGUGUGUGAAAAAGUAUCUGACCAAAAUCUCUGAAAACGACGGUGAAGCGAAGUGGAUCCGACGGAUCAAAGAGUACAGUGAUGGUGAACUAGUUGUGGCGUAUCAGUACAAUUCGAGAGUGAUGAAGAUAAUCGAACAA